GCGCACCUCCCUCACACUCACACACUGUCACUGCUGCUCCGGCCGCAAGAAAUGGGGGAGAUCCCGAGCCUGGUCAAGAUCGCCGUCUCUCUCAAGAUCCAACCCAAUGACGGGCCGGUCUAUUUCAAGGUGGACGGGCAGCGCUUCGGCCAGAACCGGACCAUCAAAUUGCUCACGGGGGCCAAAUACAAGAUCGAUGUUGUGCUGAAACCUGGAGCUGUCCGAGCCACGACUGUAAAUUUAGGAGGAGUGAUCAUUCCCCUGGAAGAGAAAUCCAGAGACCCUCAGCAAGCCUGCUAUACAGCGUUCUAUGAUACAGAAGGGGUCGCACACACCAAAAGCGGGGAGAGGCAACCACUUCAAGUUAUCAUUCAGUUUGAUGACAUCGGGAGCUUCGAGACUGUAUGGCAAGUCAAGUUUUACAAUUACCACAAAAGAGAUCAUUGCCAGUGGGGAAAUAGCUUCAGCUGCAUCGAAUACGAAUGCAAACCCAACGAAACCCGCAGCCUUAUGUGGAUAAACAAAGAAAUAUUCCAUUAAAUGUCCCGGAAUCUCCCAAGGCUGGACAAUCCCCCGCGUUAUCGACAACCAGCACAAAAGGCCUGUGGCCAACACAAAGCAUAUCACAAGCUACAACGGCGGUUUUGGCUAUGACGACGAUGUUGAUGUUUAUUUAAAUGAAUUAUUAUUCUCUAUGGAUUUGUUUGUAUUAUUUGUAAAGGUUUCCAUUAGUGUUGCUUAAUAUAUAUAUAUAUAUAUAUUUAAUUUUUUUAAUUAUCCACAUGAAAUGUAAUUGCUCAGCCUCGGUUUACUGUAGGUCCAUUCCAAAAGCUAGUGUCUAAUUAUUGUAGGAUAGAAGGAACGUAGCCGAUUCUAUUUUCUAUAUGAUCUGCCUUUGUUCCGCGACUUUGUGGAGAAAAAAACCCACAGUUUUCGUUUUUUUUGUCUGUUUUGUUAAACUGAAACACUGCUAUGUUUUACAAUUA